UGCAACUAUUUCUGUGUGCCGGGGCUGUGCAUUUCUCUCGUAAAGUCGUGAAUUUUCCAUAAAAUUACAAAUAUUUUGUGCUUAUUUCCUCGCUAAGUAGAAGGGUAGUGUGUGCUAAUUCACAUAAAUUCAAACCGCUUGCAAGAUGAUGCGCUACGAGGGAAACCAGCAGCUGGCCGAUGAAACGGCCUGCGCCAGGGUACGAGCCGAUUUGAAGAUGUGUCUGCUGCAGAGUGAUUGUUGCAAAAAGGAGCACAAGCUUCCCCGCGAGUGUCUGGCCCGCACAGAUGGAUCCGUACCGACCGAGUGUCAUGCCUUGCGGAAUACGUUCUUCGAAUGCAAGCGGUCAAUGCUGGACAAUCGACAGCGCUUCAGAGGAAGGAAGGGCUAUUGAGAUUGGUCGCUUCAGAACUAUCCAUCGUAUGGGUGAACAACUCGAUACCUAAUUUCCUUCGUUUUUCGUAAGUUAGAGUUAAAUUUGCAUAGUGAUUGCUGUACAUUAAAGA